AUGAGGAACACUUGCCUGUGGGAUCUCCUGCUAAACAGAUUUGCUGCUUUUUACUGUGUAUGGAUUUCUGCAGUGCACUGUACUUUCUCAAAAAAUUGCCAAAACUUAUGCACAAGUAACCUGGAAGGAGAACUUGGAAUUACUAACCUUUGCAAUGUUAGUGACAUCACAGGAGCCUGCACACAGGGAUGUCAGUUUUGGAAUGCAACGGUGCAAAUCAAUUGCCCACUGCAAUGUAACAAGACGUACACCAGAGCAUGUGAGAGAGUUUCCUGUAAGUUUGGCUGUAGCCGUGCAGAGGAUGCAUAUGGAGUCGAAGCACAGAACUACUUGAACAAGCCUAGAGCACCUUUUGCAUCUACCGUUGGAAGCCACAGUGUCACAUUAGGGUGGAAGCCAGCUAACAUCUCUGGGGUGAAAUAUAUCAUCCAGUGGAAGUUCAAUCAGCUCCCUGGAGACUGGAGGUACACAGAGGUAGUAUCUGAAACUUCAUAUACAGUCAAAGACCUUCAAGCCUUCACAGAAUACAUGUUUCGAGUAAUUUGGAUCAUUACAUCUCAACUGCAGCUUCAUUCUCCAUCUAGUCCCAGUUACCGGACACGUGCUUUUGGAGCUCCUGCAACAGCUCCUGUCAUUAAAGAUAUUCAGAGUUCAAGUCCAAACACUGUGGAAGUUAGUUGGUCUCCGCCACUUUUUCCGAAUGGAUUGAUUAUUGGAUAUAACUUGCUCCUGACCAGUGAGAAUCACGAACUGUUGAGAGCCUCAAGAGGGCAUAGCUUUCAGUUCUACUCCACCUUCCCAAACAACACUUACAGGUUCAGCAUUGUAGCAGUUAAUGAGGUUGGUGCUGGACCCCCUGCUGAAGCCAACAUCACAACUCCAGAAUCCAAAGUUAAGGAAAAAGCAACAUGGCUCUUCCUAUCCAGAAACCAGUCUUUAAGGAAGAGAUACACAGAACAUUUCCUCGAAGCUGCCCAGUGCCUGCAAAAUGGUUUUAUACACCACAACAUUACAGGAAUUUCUGUGAAUGUUUAUCAGCAAGUUGUCUAUUUUUCUGAGGGAAAUUCCAUCUGGGUGAAAGGAGCUGCAAACAUGUCUGAUGUAUCUGACCUAAUGCUCUUUUAUGCUGGCUGGGGGAAUAUUACGUCCAUCUCAGUGGACUGGCUUUACCAGAGGAUAUACUUUGUCAUGAAUGAAAAGAUACAUGUCUGCCAUUUAGAGAACUGCACAGCAGCUGAAGACAUCACUCCUCUUUAUGUGACAUCCCCUAGGAAGGUUAUAGCUGAUCCUUAUAAUGGCUAUAUUUUCUGUCUCCUGGAGGAUGGGAUAUACAGAGCAAACCUUCCACUCUUUCCUGGUACCGCCUCCUCAGCCUCACCAGUAGUGAAAUCCAGUGCUCUGAGAGACUUCAUGACCAACUUCCAAUCUAAGAGACUUAUUUUCUUCAACAAAACAGAACAGGCUUUUGUGUCCGUUUUUUUGGAUGGUUCAGAAUGUCACACACUGCGAUCACAUGUGCCACUUAAUGACAUGGAGAGCUUUGUUUAUGAGGACAACACGUUUACUGUCACAGAUGGCCAGACAGUUUUCCAUGAGGAGCUCUCUCCAGAAGGGAGUUCUAGCUUCAAUGAAUAUGUUGUGGAUUGCAAUUUGGUGUAUCCAGAGUACUUUGGCUUUGGCAACUUGCUUUUCUAUGGGACAUCAACUCAGCCUUUUCCGUUACCAACUCCUCCUCGGCUUGUCAUGGCGCUAUUUGGAUUGGACCAAGCUGUGAUCAGCUGGAGACCACCUGAACACACUAUUGGAACCAGUCUGUCUGCUUGGCAGAACUGGACCUAUGAUGUGAAAGUGUCAUCUCAGCAUCCAUCUGAGGAGGAAUGGGUUGUCUCAAAUAUUCGUGACACUAGGUUUACAGUGAAGGAACUGGCCAGCUUCACAGCUUACGAAGUGUCAGUCAGAGCUGUGUCUCCUGCUGGUGAAGGGCCAUGGUCAGAGUCAUUUAGAGGCACAACUUUAGAAGAAGCUGAAGAAGAACCGUAUAUGUUGGCAGUGGGGGCUGAAGGGCUCUGGAAGCAGCGGUUGGAUAGCUACGGGCCAGGAGAACUUCUCUAUCCUCAUAUAAGAAAUAUUUCAGACCUCGACUGGUAUAAUGACACUUUUUAUUGGAUUAAUUCCAUGGGGGAAGUUCAGACCUUGUCAUUGAAUAAAAGAGAGGGUACCACUGAGAAUACUUAUGUACCUGACGUCAGAAAUGCUAGGAUGUUGGCCUUUGAUUGGUUGGGUCAAUGCUUGUACUGGGCUGGCAAAGCAAAUACGAUCUACAGAAAAUCACUGCUGGGAGGCCAUAUGGAUGUUGUGGCUCAUGUUGUGUUCCUAGUGAAGGAUCUAGUAGUGGAUUCAGUAAAUGGCUAUUUGUACUGGGCCACAACGAAUUCAGUGGAGAGCGCAAGACUGAAUGGAGAGGAGUAUCUUAUGUUACAAGAGCAGCUACAGUUUUCUGGUAAACAGGUGGUUGGUUUAACUUUGGAUCUCACCUACGGUUUUCUUUACUGGCUUGUGCAAGAUAGUCUAUGCCUAAACCUACACAGAGUUUCUCUUUGCAAAGAAGGUUGUGGUAAUGCCAUUGUCACAGAAUUUGCAGCAUGGAGCACUUCAGAAAUAUCUCAGUGUGCACUGGAAUACUACAGUGGUCGUCUGUUCUGGAUCAAUAGUCUUCAGUUCAUUACGACCCAGGAAGUCAAUCAGAGCCUUAGCAUUCCCUUCUCACAACCAGCAGAGUUUUCAACUUUUACCCUUGUUCACACAUCACUUAAACCUUUGCCAGGAAAUUUUUCUUUUACACCGAAAGUGAUUCCAGAUUCAGUGCCAGUGUCUUCCUUCAGGAUUAAAGGAAAUUCUUCAAGUUUUCACAUCACUUGGAGUCCUUCCACAAAUGUGGAAUGGGGAACUGUCUUUUAUUGCGUGGGAUCAAAAGUUCUACGAGUGAGGCUAUUGGAGAGCGAGCGGUGCCUCCAUCCCCGUAACCUGACAGUGCCAUCCUACCGAGUUGAUUGGCUGGAACCAUUUGUACUCUUUGAUUUUACUGUCACUGCAUACACAUACUGGGGCAAGGCACCAACAUCAUCUGUAUCCCUUCGAGCCCCUGAAGGAGUUCCUUCAGCUCCUACAAACCCUAGAAUAUAUGUGUUACAAAAUAACCUACAUGGAAGUGAUGCGAAAGUCCUUGUGGAGUUCAGGUGGGACAGACCUGAAAGGGACAAUGGAGUAUUAACACAGUUCAGGGUUUACUAUCAACUAUUGAGUCAGAGUGGCACUGCUGAUAAUUUCACAGAGUGGAACACGAGCAACGUUAAACCCACCCUGAUGCUCUUUUCUCUCAGGGAUGUGCUUCCCAGUCUCACAGUAAGGUUUCAGGUGCAAGCCUUCACCUCUGUGGGUCCAGGACCUUUGUCUGAUGUAGCAGAGAGGAAUUCAUCAGAUCUUUUCCCUGUCCCAACUCUUAUAACUGUUUCUGCCAACAAGUUGUUUCUUACUGACAUUGACAGUAAUCAUACCAUAUGGGAACUUUCAGCAAAGACAAAUGUAAAGGACAUCUGUUAUACUGCUAAUGAUGACAAAGUGUACUAUAUCGUAGAAGACUCUCUUUUUCUUCUGAAUAUACACACUACUUCAAAGUUUCAGUUUUUCAAAGAUGCAUAUCUUCACAAUGCCACAGCCAUCACAAUUGACUGGAUUGCAAGACAUCUCUUUGUUGCCCUGAAAACACCAUGGAAUGAAACUCAAAUAUUUGUUAUUGAUCUUGAGCUCAAGAUAAAAUCUCUAAAAGCCUUGAACAUACAGUUGGGUAAAAGUAAUUCAACUGUAUCAUCUCUGUCAUCAUAUCCUUUCUUAAGCCGCUUGUACUGGAUGGAAGAGCUUGACUAUGGCAGCCGCAUGUUUUAUUAUGAUAUUCUGAAUAACACCGUGCACCACAUUUUGGGAUACAUUUCAGUAGAAGAACAGAUGAGGAACUACUGCACCUGUAACGUGGCAGAAGCAGAGCUAGGAAGACCUAUGAGUAUAGAUGUGUCUGACUCCAAGAAUCCCCAGCUGCUCUUCAUCAGAGGAAGAGAUGAAAUAUGGGCCUCAGAUGUGGACGGUUGCCACUGCUGGAGAAUUACCAAAAUACCAAGUUUUCAAGGUAAGAAAAUUGGCAGUGUGACUGUAGACAAGAAGUUUAUGUACUGGAGCAUUGAAACAAAGGAAUACACUGAAAUUUGGCUAGCAAAUAAAGAAAGCACAAGACACUUUCUUCAGAAGAGAGCAAAUCAUGAGCUGAAAAUCUUAGCCUACAGCUCAGCGGCGCAGUUGUAUCCAGAUAAAAGAUGCCUGAUUCUAUUGCCAGACACUGAGAAACCUACGAUCCUUGAUACGACGAACACCAGUUUUACGUUAAGCUUGCCAUCUGUCACACCACAGCAGCUAUGCCCCAGCAUAUCGCAGCCUACACCAACAUAUCUGGUAUUUCUCAGACAAAUAACAAACAACUGUAGGAACUCAAGCUACUGUUUGUCUGAUCUACAGCAAGAAACAUUGGAAUUUCAGGGUCCUGUAGCCGUUAUAAACAACCUACAGCCAUUUUCAAGUUAUGUCAUACAAGUUGCAGUGAAAAGCUACUGUUCAGAUGAGCAAGCGCUGCCUAUGCUAAAAGAGACAAUUGGCACAACUCUAUAUGGAGGACAGAGAGUGGACUGGUUAGGGAUUACCUACAAAGAAAUAAAUACAUUGGUAAACUUACCUAAUUACGGCAGAAGGAAGCUAAGAAACUUUGGUGGGAGUGAAUGGGUGAGAAAG